AUGAAGUACUCCAUCAUUGCCUUCUUCGCCGGCCUUGCCGCUGCCUACCACGCCCCCGUUGGCGAGCCUUCUGGCAAUGCCAUCACCGCCCCUCUCAUCCAGUCCAUCCCGGCUGGCAAGCCCUUCACCAUCACGUGGACUGCCGACUCCCCCAACAAGGUCUCCCUGAUCUUGCUCAAGGGCCCCUCCACCAACGCUGUCUUCAACCAGGUCAUUGUUGAGAGCAUCGACAACUCCGGCAGCUACACCUGGACUCCUCCCACCUCCCUCGAGGGCACUGACGGCCCUGGUGGCUACGGAAUCCAGCUCAUCGAUGAUGUCGAUGGUCACUACCAGUACUCCACCCAGUUCGGUAUCUCCAACGAGGCUCCCGUCGUCUCCUCCAGCGUUGUUUCGUCCAGUGCCUACGAGAGCUCUUCCGCUGCUCCUAUGCCUACCGCUUCCAUGACUGCUUCCGGCUACGCUGUCCCCUCCAGCGCUGUCGAGACCCCCAGCAGCACCCCUGUUGAGGCCUCCUCCUCGUGCACCACCACCACCACUGUCUACGCACCUGCUCCCCCGGUCGGCACCGGCGCUUCCAGCGGUGCUCCUCCCGCCAGCGUCAUCUACCCCACUGGUGGUCUCACCGUCCCCGCGUCGCUCAAGACCUCUGCCACUGGCGGCUACAUGGUCCCCACUUCUACUCCCGCUGUAGAGUUCCCCGGUGCUGCCUCUGGCCUCAAGGCUGGUCUUGGCCUUGCCGGUGCCGUCGCUGCCCUCGUCGCCAUGUUGUAA